UCUAGGUCCCUGAACCAGUACGGCCUCAAGUACGACGACGUGAAGAUCGAGCAGGACGCGGACUACGCCAAAGCGCUCGGCCGGAUCAGCGACGAGGAGGUCCAGGCGCGCGCGCGCCGCAUGAAGCGCGCCUUCGACAUCUCCUUCAAGAAGAAGUCGCUGCCCGCCGACCUCCAGCGCCUCCAGGCGCCCCUCGCGCCCUACGCGACGCCGCUCAUCGACGAGGCGAAGGCGCGCCGCGUCGAGCGCGAGCUGCUCAACACAUAUUAG